UACCUGACUUGUCAUGUUAUGUUUUUUUAAACAUUUUUAUGUUGUAAAUGUUGGUUUGGGUUUUUUGGAGUUUUACAGUCAACUUCAACUGGGAGUGACAAAUGGAAGCGUGACGUCCUUGGCGGAGGUAAUGGCCCGCCAAUCUUGGGAGGUGAGUAGACACUGCCCUGGUGGAUUAAACCCGUGGCGGUCGCAGCUAAUCUGAUGCAACACACACACACGCACACACACUGACACACACUCAGUGACGCGUCUUCUGCGCCAGAGAGUGAGUCUGAGGAGGGUGGGGUUGUGUGUUGCUAUGGCGAUGAAAGGUCCUUCCAAGCAGCUGCUGAUUGGCUGACACUGCACAGCACCAUUUUUCGCUUCUCACCACUCCGCCCGCCCUCCCGCCAUCCUCCCCCCCAGACAGGAGGUCCAAUCACCAGACGCAUUCCACGCUGCGAUACUGCGCCGCCUCUGGAGCUUCUUCUCGUGGCUUCCGGAGACAAAUCGGAGCAGAUGCGUUGGACCAGAAGCCCGUCGUCAGCAGCUCACUGCAGAAGGCGCUACUAAGAUGCUCUUCGUCAGCUGAGUUCGAGAGUGUCCGAGUGCCCAGAUUCCUCCUCCCGCCAUGAAGUCUGAUACGCUGGCAAACGCUCACAAAUCAGGAGAUGGACAAACCUCCAAGGUGAAGACCGCCAGCAAGCCCGGAGAGCGGAGCACGGCGGCAAAGCCAAAGACUACGUCAACCGGGACGCCCGUUUUGAACGGCACCACCGGAACCGUGGGGGCCAGGCGGGGUGUUGUCGGUCGAGCUCGCUCCCACGGGGUGAAAGAGACGGAGAAGAAGGCCAAUACUGGGACCAGACCUAAGACCUCCCCUCCCAGCUGCACGUCCAGAGCGCCAAGGGACUCCGCGCAGCACGCCGCCUCGUCCACAUCGGGCGGCGCCUCGCCAGAAAAUGGCGCCGGUGCCGGAAGCCCUCGAAACGGCACUCUCUCCAUUCCAGGAGCAAAGCCCAAACAGCAGGCCAAGCCGCUGAACAAACCAGCACUGACCAAAUCGGAUUUCACAAAGCAGACCAACAGCAGGUCCAGGGUGAAAGAAGGCAUCAAGUUAAAGUCUGGAGCAGUAGAGGGCGCUGUGGCAGGAACAACGAGAGCAAGAGGAGACACCAAAGUCAAAGCACUCCAAGACAACCACGUCGCCAAGCAUGCAGCUCCUGGGAAAAAGCAGACUUCGCCCAGGAAAGAAUUAGACGGCUUGAAAUCAUCCGUACCGACCAAACCGUACGGGGAAAGUGCAAAAAAGGUCUUAACCGGAACCUCGGCUAAAUCCUCUUCUAAACCAACCAAAGUGUCAACACCGCCUCCUAAGCAACCCUCAAACAAGUCUGCACCAAAGCUUAAAAGUACCACUGAAUCUGAGAGAGCGUCACCAAAAUCAGGAGCAACCCUUAGAAGUGCUAAAGGGCUGGGAGCUAAGGAAAAAAAGAGUUUAGACUGUAAAGCUGAACAAGACAAGAGUGGAAGUGCAGGACUGGUUAGCUCUGAGGAUUUGGCAGCACCACCGCCAAGCCAAGACCAAGAUUCGCUCAGCUUCCAUCUGGACUCCUGGACUUGCGGUGUCCAGGAGACUGAAAAACAGUCCACAAACGGAGCAGGUGAGCCUAGUCCUGCGUCGCAAGCAGUCCAAUCCGUUACCGUGGUUAAAAAGUCCGAAGGCCUCACGGGCGUUCGAUCUCCGAGUACCCCCGUAGACGCCCCCUGUAGUGUAGGGAGCACUGGCACUCCUUUGGAGGAGUCCUGGACCGGCAUACAGCCGCAGGUCAGUCCCGCGUCCGAGACGGGUAGCACGCAUUCCACCUCCUCGGACGACAUCAAGCCCCGCUCAGAGGACUACGACGCGGGCGGCUCGCAGGACGAUGACUGCUACAACGAACGAGGGGUGUCCAAGUGCGGCACCAUGCGCUGCCGCGAUUUCCUGGGGCGCAGCAGCAGCGACACGAGCACACCCGAGGAGCUCAAGAUGUACGAGGGCGGCGCGGGGCUGAGAGUGGAGGUCCGGUUGCGCGGGCGGGAAGCGGAGACCACCAGCGAGGAGGAGGGAGCAAGGCAACGUCCCCGGUCGUGGUUGAAAAGGGAGGAGCGUCCCGGGGCCGCCGCGACAGCAAACAGCGUUCCCGAGCAACAGAUGUCCGAGGAGGACAAUGACGACGAAGAAGAGACUGAGGAGGAGCGGUCCGAAGUGGAGGUGGUCCCCAGUCAGGGUCUGACCGAGCCCUUGCCGCCGUUUCAAGGGAUUGUCAACCUGGCGUUCGACGAUGACGUCGCCGCGGACCAGGAAGACGAGCAGCCAGACUUUCAGUCCGCUUCCAACUUCCGCCGUUCCGUUUUGCUCUCCGUCGACGAGUGCGAGGAGCUGGGCUCGGAGGAAGGCGCUCAGAGCCCUCAAGACCCCGACGACGCGGCCACUCCAUGUGAUGUUUUUGAGUCGGACUCCGUCACUCCGCAAUCCCAGUGCGCCCCUCCCCGCUCGCCCGGUCCGUGCGAACAUUCAGGUACCGAGCACCAUCAGCGAGGGGAGAUACGGCAAGAAAAGCCCACCGAGUUCCUGACGGAGAUUCAGAAACCGUCUCAGGAAAGCCAAGGGGAAGGGGCCAGGACCGGCUCCCCCGCAUCGAGCACCGAUGCCGCCAGAGACCCCCCGCCCCAGGAGCGGCCAUGUCACCUGGACCUGCGGCAACCGUACGCCAACGGAACCAAGAAGGCCGACUUACACCUAGACUUAAAUGAGCCACACUUGACGGGGGACCCUCCCGUACAUGCUGCACAGUCACCAGCAGGCGACAUUGCUUGUGACAGAUUGGAUCUAGGCGGCGGCAAACGCGAGCGGACGCCGUCCAACAAAGCCCUGUCCCCCAUUUACGAGACGGACGCGGGCGACGCGUUAGCGCGCCGCACAGGCAAGGACAGAACAGGACAAGGAAACACUGAGGACAAACGAAGCGAGUUUGCCGAGCGGGACUGGAGCCUGCUGAGGCAGCUCCUCUCGGACCAGGAGUCCAAUCUGGGCGUGAUCAACCCGGUGCCCGAGGAGCUCAACCUGGCGCAGUACCUCAUCAAGCAGACGCUGUCCCUGUCCAGGGACUGUCUGGACGCCGGGGCCUUCCUGUCCCCGGAGAGGGAGACCUUCAAGCGCUGGGCGGAACUCAUCUCGCCGAUGGAGGACUCGUCCACCAGCAUCACGGUGACCAGCUUCUCUCCGGAAGACGCCGCCUCGCCGCAAGGGGAGUGGACCAUCGUGGAGCUGGAAACACACCACUGACCUGCCACACGUCAAAACCAUAUUACUUAGUGGUCCUAAUUUAUUCUAAUUCAUGAAUUAUUUAUUUUUUAACCCUCAGUGGUUUAUUAUGCGUGUUGGUAUUUAUUUAUUUUUUAUGUUGCUUCCAUACCAAAAAAAAAUGGGGGAAAAUAAAUCUCUCAUGCCAGUCUUUCUAAUGCAGGUAGUAGUCCCCGGCCGCCGGGCCAUGGAACAUUUGGUAUGGGGCUGAACAAAAGAUAUUUUAUUGAUCAUCGGAGGCAGGUUUAUCCACCUGUACGCAAACAACAUUGCAUUUUGUGGAAUAUUAACAAAAUAAAGAUGUUUAUGUCGUGCUGAAAUUAUUUGGUCAAGGCACAUGCAGGUAAUUAAAAUAAAUAAACACCAAUAAAAAAAAAAGUGAAAUCGAAACUGUUUUACAUGUAUGACACUUCAUGGAAAAGUGCAUUUAUUUUACAAAUAUAAAGAUGUUUGU